UAAGCCAUCGCGAAUUUCUUACGACUUCCGGGGAACGAAAACAAUAACAAAAACACUAGCACAUUAAGCGGGGAGUUGGUCACACGGUGGGACCUUGCAGUGCCCUGAACUUGGCGCUCCUGUGAGAGCCUCGGCGCGUGGCAAAGGCUCCCUCUGAGCACGUGCAGGAUGUUGUGUGCGGCGGCCGCCGAGAGGAACAAGGAGCCCAUUCUCACGGUGCUCCGGAGCUGUGUGGACCCGCACAGGAAGCUCCGUGCGCUGGAGGUGUCGUCGGGCUCCGGCCAGCAUGUGAUGCACUUUGCUCAGGCACUGAGGAAUGUCACAUGGCAGCCAUCCGACAUAGACCAGCGGUCGAUAGUCAGUAUAGAAGCAUACAGAGAUCUUCUGCAACUGGACAAUGUGAAGCCCCCAAUUCAGCUGGAUGCCUCCCAAGGCUGGGAGUAUUGGGGUGGCAUACAGCCUGAAUCGUAUCACCUUAUCGUCAACAUCAACAUGAUGCACAUAUCCCCGCUGUGCUGCACCGAGGGUUUGUUCAAUGCUGCUGGGAAGAUUCUGAAAGCACAUGGCCUGCUCAUCACAUAUGGGCCUUACGCCGUGAACGGACUGAUCACACCAGAAAGCAAUGUCCAAUUUGAUCAGAGUCUGAAGCAGAGGAACCUUGAGUGGGGUCUGAGGGACAUCUCCCUGUUGAGUUCCCUGGCAGAGAUGAAUGGCAUGUUCCUGGAGAAAGUGGUGGACAUGCCAGCUAAUAAUAAGUGCCUGUUGUUCCGGAAGGAAAGCCUGGUCUGAUGGUGGCUUCACUGCAAGCAGUUCCAACAGCUCCUUUUUUUUUUCUUCGCUAAAUCAGUCUGUCGACACAUCAGAACAGGUCAUUCAAGGUGGCCAGAGUAGUCUUCAUUUACUGCUGAAUGUACUUGACAUUCCUAGAACCUCUUGGUUUAUACCUAGAACCUCCGCCUAUCUAUGAUUAUUAUUAAAAUGACCACCUCAUCAGAGAAUGUGAAACGCACACAUAAAAAAUAAUGCAUAGGGUUUUGUGAACUGGAUUUCUUUGCGAUGUUAUUGAAUAAAUUCUGUUGUGAAUGUGAUUGCUGAUGCUAAAUAAAGGCUAUAUGUGGAAAACAA